UGAAAACUAUGAGCACUAUCAGAGUUAAUGCUGAACAAAGGACUUUGAUUGCCAAAAAUAGAAGUUACUAUACAGCAACUUCUUAGUUGAAUAAGCUAGCAGAUAAUAGUUUCCAUGUGCAUCCUUCUUUUGAGGAAAAGGAAGACAAUGCUCCCCUCCAUCAAGAAGCUGAAAUGAAUCAAUACACUUUGACCAAUGAUGCAAGGGGUCAGGGACAAAGCUUAAGGAUUAAUGAUGAAAAAAGGACUAUGAUUGGCGAAAAUAGAAAUACUACAACAACUUCUAGUCGAAACAAGCCAGCUAAGAAAAGUAUCCCUGUGCCUCCUGAUUUUAAUCCAAUGGAAGACAAUGACGCCCUCUUUCUAGAAGCGGAAGUGACUCGAGAUACUCAAAGAAGUAAUCAUUUGCAAAAGAGUCCAUUUGAAUUUGACAAGUCCAAAAAAGUGAUUGAAGUGCCUCGAGUUUCCCAAAGAAGUCCAUUUGAAUCUAGAAAGGAAAAAAAAGUGGUUGGAGUGGCUCAAGUUUCUAAGGGAAAUCAAACUAGUAAGUAUUUUCUUGUUGUUACUUGUAAAUCAGCAAAAAAGUUAUCUAUGAAUCGCUUCCCUAGGAAGAUAUGUUAG